AUGCUAAGCAUACAAACAUGCCAAAGCAGCAAUCGAGUGGAUUUCCUACUGCGGGGGAAAUUCGUCAAGGGCAGCAAAAAGGACUUUCUCCUGGCCGUAAAGGACUCCUACCUGGAGCUUCUCACUGGGGACUUCAAGGAAACGAUCUGUGUCCAAAACACGUUCCUCAAGAUCAUCCAUGUUCAGAUCCAGGAGGGGAAGCAACAAGACCAGUUCCUCGUCGCAGAUGAAAAAUUAAACUUCCGAAUCCUAAAAUUUGACGGAAGCUUCGUGGAGACAUGCUUCCUUGGAAAUUUCAGAUCAUGCAAACUGAAAAAAUAUGUAGAGUAUUCAACCUUAAAAGGAAGGGAGAAAAAAAAUGAGUUUUUCCAGGAGUAUUCCAAGCACAUCCACGUGUGCAAAUUAAAAAAAGUAUUUCUAGUGUCAAUAGAAAAUGUUAUUUUUUUUGUAACAGUGAAGGAAUCUAAUUGGAUUCACAAAAAGUUAAGUAACUAUUGUCGUAAUUACGACUUUAGAAUAAAAUACAUUUCGAAGCAGAGGAACGUUAAUAUCAUUUACGACCCUAUGCAGCUGAGGCAUUAUAUCAUUCACAGGAACAGAAAUGGAAGGAAAAGGUUUAAAUACAUUUCGUCUUCCUUUUCGCGGGACUGCAAGGCGCAUGUCUACUCGAUAUGUGUGUGUUGUCCGAAGGCAGCACCGGCCCAGGGUAGCGGCAAACGAGCUGCUGUUCGAAGCGAACGUGCAACGGGGGGUGCCCCCACUGACGGAUGCCAACGGAAGAAGCGCCCCCUGGGAAGCAGAAGCAAGUGCCCCAUUAAGGUGAACAAAAUACGCAUAGAAAAAUGUCCAAAGAAAGAAUCAUCUUUCAUUCGCUUUAGAAAAAACGUUUCCUUUGUAACGCUCUUGGAGUGCACGACGGAGGGGUACUCAAAUGUGCAGUGUGGUCCAUCCUAUGCCGAGCAGCAUAGCAUCAGCAGCUUAAAUGGUAUGCGUUCUCAGAGCUUAUUUGGAGAAGGGGGUGCGUUUGUGGGGAAUGCCCCUAAUGGGGAGUUAUUUGGAAAUCUGCGGGGACUGAGCAUGUUGGUAAAAUCAAGCUGUGUUACUUCUCCCCCCCAAGGGAGCACGUCUGAUGAAACGAAUGAAGCGAUCGAAAGGGGAAUGACUUCCCCUCUUGGGGAUGAAAGAGUUGCUCCAACGCACCAUACAUUUCAUCCCCACGAUGAAGAGCAACCAUGCAGUGAACUCCACAUCAGGAGACAACACUCCUCCAAUGAAGAUGUGCCAAUGAAGAACUACUACUACAAUGAAUUUGCCAACUGCACAAAUUUAAAAAUAUGUUUUAUUAUAAACUUUAUACAAAGCAGAAGCAGACACGCUUAUUUUGUGAGACACAUUUUAUUUCUCCUCGAUAGGGAAGAGAGCGCAAUGAUAAAACUAAUGAAGCAUUUGUGGAGGACAAAAAUGUUUGAAUCAAACGAUUGGGAUGUUCUUAACAAGUACGGAAAGGACAUCCCAGGUGAUGAAAUAUUCAUGAGUCAUAACAACUAUUUACUUCACCCAUCUCUUAAAUGGAAGCAGCUUUAUGGUCAUACAAAAAAGUUGAAGGGCGGAAAAACCGAAAGGCACAGUUUUGAGGCAUGUCCACUGUGUCAGUACCAUAUUGAGAAAAUGAAGUUUCUCCAAGGGGACCCCGUAUUUGAGCACAUAUUUGAGAGAGAUUUCUUCUGUCGGCAUGGAGGGUUUUGUAAUGGACAGGAGGAGGUCACCAGUAGUACUAACGAUGCGCUUAAUGCAGGUGAUGUGAGGCGAGUGACGGCACUGCUGUUUGGCCUCUCUAUCAGGUUGAAACUCCUCCUUGUCUACUUUUCCCUUUUCUUCUACUCCAGCAGCAAAACGUUGAGUGACUCCUCCUGCACCAUCCUGUUGAGGAGGAAAAAUGGGAAACCUUCAAUUAUGCACGAGUUAGCCAUGCACAUUUACCUUUUGAAUCUUUUCCUUGUUCAUAUUAUUAACUACGCCUGUGGCGAUUUGGAGGGAAACUCUUCAUCCAAUGCUGUAGUGGGCAAAUUGGCAAAGGGUAGGAUUGCGACCGAGGCAGAUCCCCUCUCUAGUGCGCAUGCCCACCGCGAUAAGUGUGAUGUAACGAAUAUGAAGGAAGGACCCAACGGAGAUAAAAUAACAAAUAAGAUGUUACUCUCCAUGUGCCAAACAUUUAAUCGUCUCAUUGGAGAAUACAUAAUUGAUUCACCACCACGUAGCAAUGCAGGAAUGGAAACAGGUGUGGCAACUCCUCGUAGCCACAUGGUGGAGACAACGGAGGGAGAAACCACAAGUGAAAUUUCUACACGCCAUUGCGAAGUUGUAAAAAGGCUCAUAAUUGAAAUACAGAAUCUACAACUUAUAUCUGUCACCUGUUUGAAGGAAUUCAAUUUUGAUUACGGAAAAGUGAGGGAUAAAUUGAUUCGUGCGAAGGAGAAGCUAGAGAGGAGGUGCACCCAUGAACACAGAAUCGAGCGCAAGACACACAUCAUAUUAAUAACUACGAACGACCAUGGACAGGCUAACAUUAUAUUUUUUAAAAAUAGAAGAAAGAGAAAAAAUACCACUGUUAAUAAUAUUUUAAUACCCAUGGGCAAAUUAUAUCUCCCCAUGGAAGUUGAAAAAGUGGAAAGGGUAAUGAACAGCUCCUCUUUCGUUUUAUUUGCCAAGAAGGGGAUGGUUUUGUUUUUUCAUUUUUCCACAGCGUACGGAGCGAGCCUUAGUCUGGUGAAUUAUCGCCUCGCUCUCAACAGCGACGUUUUCGUUGUAGACAAAAUGAGAUUCGUGAGAAUUGUUAAAAGGGAUGGCGUAUAUGAGGAAAUUCAGAGUCACAUUUUGUGUCCUGAUUAUUUUGUUAAAUGCAUCAGUUUGAAGUGCCUCCGGAACUUCCCCCCGCGCUUGUGGCCGAGUGUCGCCGUUGGAGGGUGGCGCACGGAAAAGCACAUGGGUAGGGGAGCAGAGGGAGAGGGAAAUCGGGACAGACACUUAGAAAGGAUUCCCCUUUUGAAACCGCGCAGCGAAUGGAGUGAACAAACGGAAGACUCGCUCCCCCCAAGAAGACACAACUACAUAAACAGCGCAACUCAAUUUCACUCACUGCGCAGUGUCCCCUAUAUUGACACCUUUUACACGUACGCCUUUGUGUACCACUAUGACUUUAAGGUUUUCCAAUAUAUGUGUGCCAGUGGAUCGGGCGCUGCCCGCAUGAAUAAUUGCAUUUGCGCAGAUAUGAACACCGCGAUUACCAUAGUUGGGGAGGUGUCCACUGUGAAAGGAAGCUCUACGUAUGGCAGGAGUGACCGUGUUAAUGCGCGGCUCUCGCGCGGGAAAACAGAGCCAUCACUACAGCUGCAACCACCGAGAGGUGUAAGCUCGCCGAGUGUGCACCCCACCCCCGUCUCGCUUCAAAUCAGCAAAAGCACAUUCAACGAAAUAUACAAGAGAAGGAAGAACGCCUUUUUCACCAACCCCCAGGGGGAUGAUCCAAAUGAGAGGAUCGCAACAAGUAGCGGAGCAGCAACCCGUAGGGGAAGAGAAACCGAGGAGAGGAGGGAUACUAUCCCGCCAAAAAAGAUGCACAAAAGGAAAACAGAAUCAUCCCGCUGCUACCUUAACAACGAAAACGAUGCAGACAGUAUUGGGAAGGUAAAAUGGGACGAAAAAAAUCCUGCUCCAGAGGAGGAUGAUGCCUUAUCGAAUGCUCUCAUUGUGUCAUUAGGAAGCAACUAUCCUAGGAAGAUCCAUCCUGCGGGGAACCCCUUCGUUAAAAGGUAUCUCUCAGUUGAUCUCCGAGAGAAGAAAAUGUGUGUCAUUAUUUUGCUAUUCGAUAUGGUACAAUGUCAAAUGUUCAUAAAAAGAACUUUAUUCGGAAGAGGGAGCCCAUCUACGCAAGGACAGGAGAGUAACCACUUUAAGAAUAUAAUUGCAUCGUCAAAAGGGAUGUGGUGUAUAAGCUCCGUGGGGAAUACCUCUGUGUCUCCGUCCAAACCGAGUGUCACGAUGGAUGAAAGCACAAGCUUUGUCCUUUCUCUAAGUGAAGAACAGGCGGACCAACUGUUCAUAAUAAAGUCGUGCGUUUAUCGUGUUUCACAUCAGCAGCAGAUUAAGUAUAUUUUUAAAAAUGUACAGAAGCCAUACUACACUUAUGAGAGGAUCAAAUCGGUGAAGGAUUACAAGUACAAGGAAAAGGCGGUCGUUAGUCAUUUGCAAAAUAUGCAGAGCAGGUCCAGCCUUACGGAUGAAUUGAAAAAGAUUGCCAAUGUGUGCAAAGGCACGGCACAGAUGAGGGGAAAUGAGUCUGCGCUGCGGAGAGACAAGUCUCCACUUCGGGCAGACAUGGAGGAGGACCACCACAUAUUGAGUGUGAAGAGGUUGAAAAAAAAAAUGUCAGAUGCGUUACUUAUCCUGGACAAGCAUAGAGACCUGCACAAGUUGACCCUCGGCUACAAGGUGCUCCUGGCGAGGAGCAAUCAAACCAUUGUUCCCCUCGAGAAUCACACCAGCACUCACACCUUCAUGAUACGCUUCAACAACCAACUGAGCAUUCUCUGCAUGACGAGCUACUUGAAGACCUCCUAUUUCUACGUCCGAUGCAAGGGAGACCUAUUCGGGGCCUUCCAAAAUGCUCUCUCUCUUCUGAGCGUGGAAAAAAAAAAGUCGCCCAUGGAAGCAAACACCUUUACCAUGCCAGGGAGGGCCUCCGCGAAGACUCAUUCGCAGGGGACAAACUGCCCUAAUAAAAGAAUGAAUCAACAAAACGACAUGAAGAAAAAAGAAACAUUUGAAAUGAUUCAAGAAGAACAAUUAGAAUCACUAAAUCUUACGAAAGAAAAAGUUAUAUAUGCAAAAUGUAUAGGUCAAAAUGGAGGAAGCAAUUUUUACGUCCUUGUGAUAAGUAAAAAUAGCAUCAUUAUAAAUGAUUAUUAUGUGGACCCUCUCAGUGGUACCCCUCUACAACUUGUGAAUGCAUCUUCGUGGGGUCUGACCUCCCCCACAGUGGUCCACUGCCAUUUUAAUAAGGGAAUCCUGGCCUUAUCAUACGUAACUGGAACCGUUGAUUUGUUUUACCUGGACGGUGUGAAUAGUGUGUGCUUGCUGAUCGAUCGUAUUAUGUGUAAGGAAAGAAUACACUCCAUUUAUAUUAUCGCCAAAGAAGACAAAAAAGGAGUUUCCUCCAACAAGCCUGUAAAUAAGUACAAGUACAUUUUGCUUUGCAUAGGAUUACAGAGGCGAUGCAGAGUGGUCACCUACUACGUCAGUCACAGUUGUGCGUCCCCCUUGAAUGAAGCAUCACCCUCGAUAAACUUCAUAGACGAUGUGCCCUCCCAAGAGAAGGCGAAAAAAAACAUAAAAACACAUGCGCGCAUUUUAAAGGGAAGAAGUGUUGAGAUGGAACGCCCCGGGGUGGAAAAUAUUCAACCGUGUCACCCUCUGCAUACAUUUGAGGGGAUAACGAAAUCGGUCAACCCUCCGCAGAAAAGCACACAGUUCGUGGUACACAUGUAUGAGUACACCGUAGACACCUUAAACGACCAUUGUACCAUCACUGGGAUGAUCCAAUUGAAUAAUUUUUUACUCCUCGGGACAAAUGAGGGAGUCGUUAAAGCGUAUGACAUUUUCCACUCAAGCAACGCCCCAACGAAUGACCUCUUUUUGCGUCACUGUCGAGUUUAUAAAAAACAGAAGACAGUGACAAACAUGUUUGAUGAGUUUUUACUUGGGAAUAAUUCUGUUUAUUUUGUGAAUCCGUUGAAAGGGCACGACGUGUGGGAACAGUCACCUCGGGUUGUCUACCAGAAGAGAUGCCGAGCUGUGGCCUUUUGCGAAAGCAACAUGUUCAUGUUUGUGUCGGAUAGGGUUAUGCAGGGGGGAACAACGGGAGUGAUGAAAUCGGCGGAAGGGGCAAGCAGGUGGCAGGGCGUCUUUGGUAGCGAUGAGCGUGACGAUGGGAGCGAUCUACGCAGCGAAGGCGGAGCGACCGAGUCCACGUCCGCGUCUGAGCCCGGGGGCUGCGCCCUCAAGCGAGGCCACAACUAUGUGGACGAAAUGAAAUCCAGGGUGCACGGCUACCUUGUCAACCUGCUGAACCUUGAAAAAGACAAAGUGUGCAACCUCUUGCGGGACACGAAAAUAGGAGAAGGCCGCAUGCCAAGCAGGAACAUUUUUGUUCUCCCCCUGCGGAUUUACAAAAAUGAAGCUGAUCCCGCCGCGGGGGGGUUAAGCUCAUCGGAUGUACCGAACCAAUCGAGCCAUUUGAUGGAAGCGUUCCAAACGGACGACCCGCCCAGUGAUGCUACAAUUAGGCGCUCAAAUGAACCCUGCGCAGACAGGCUUAAAGAAGCCAUGCCCUCUCACCCCACGAGCAGUACAAAUCGCGAACUCUUCACCACAAACAAAAAUCACGUGGACCACGCAUGGAUGAACCACAGAUUAAUAAAGGUCAAAGAUGAAAUGAGUGCAAAUAACAUUGUCUUAAUUAAAAACAAAGACAGGAAUUUCCCCUACCUCAUAAUUAUCAGCCUAAACCAAAAAAUGUACACUGGACUAAUUCAAAGGGACCAGCUCCUGUUCGAGAAGAGGAAGAAUUGUAAAGAGGAAGGUUCAAUUGAUAAGUUUGUAAAGGUUGAUAGUUCGUCUCCCCUUUGUGAUUAUUACACCAAGAAUUUUGUUCUCUACUCACAGGGCAGGUGUGGCCAGCGCUCCGAAGGGGGAGGAAAUAACGACCCUAUAAAGUUCACAACACGCCACUGCUGUGGUAAUGCAAGGAAACAGGAGCACCUCUCCGUCAAUUGUGCCAAUUGCGCGAGAUGCAAUAAAUGCGCGAAAUGUUCGACAUCAGAUGAGCCAAAUAAAACUAACCAAUUUGCCACACAAAAAAGAAACAAAGAAAGAGGAAUAGGCACCCACUGUGGAAGUAACAAUCUGUGCCUUAAAAUGAACAAGAACAUUAUUAACACCUUUGAAAGUAGCAGCCUGUCCGAUGUGUGCCUUAUCAACCUAGAUCGAAAAUACAUACUUACUGAGUUGUUCCUAAUUUGCUCGAGCACGGAGAAGGGGGAAAUUAUUGAGGCCAUUGAGGGGAGCGGCGACAGGAAGGAUGAAGGGAGGCACAGCUCAGGGAAGAUAUCAGGACAGAGCCCAGAAGCACCAUUUUCGGACCAUCUCGCACGACCCCCGCUUGAGUUGCCCCCGCGACGCUUCCCCGUGAAGCUUCUCACCAACCGCAUUGACUUGGAGGCAAAUACAAAUGAUAAUGCCGCCAACUCCUUUUCCAUAUACACCCAAUUAUACCUAAGGGACCAAAACCUCUUUGCUUGGAACAAGCAUAUCUUGUGUCUGCUGCGAAACCAGUGUGUCAACUUUGCGAACAGAUUCUACGCCUUUUUGUUCUACAACACUAUUAGCAGGACGCAUCAGCUGAACCCAUUUUUUCAAGAUAGGUGGGUAGCCAAAAAUAUAUCUUUUACCCGGGUAGGAAGUAGGGAGGUUGCUCUUGAUGACCUAACCGUUAGGAGUACCCCGCGAGGUAAGGACAAUUACGUUUUGCAGGACGAGGAGAAGAAGAGGGAACUGCUGCAUAACUGCGUCAACCGAAUUUGCACCAUAUUGGUGGCACUGAUUGGACAGAAAAAGCAGGCGGUGAUUAGCAAAAAUUUGUUUCUCGACCCGAGUCAUAAGAAGGGCAAAGGGAAGGGAGAAGCGAAUGGUAGGUACAAAGGUGAGGUGGGGGAAAACCACGAAGGGGAUUCGAGAGACAUUUGCACAGGCGACGCGAAGGGCAGUGGAACGAAGAAAAAAAAGGGCAGCGGGGAAAACUUCACUUGCACAAAAAAACAGCGCAAAUUGGGAAAAAACGAGACUGUCCAAAUGGAUCAAAAGGGCGGCCCAGUUUGUCCCUCCAAGUGCGUAGAUUACGGUAGUUCAUGUGGAAGCCCCCUAGCAGAAUCAACCGCAGAACAGAUCGACGUAACCCCGGACCCAGCCACGAACCUAGGCGAAUUUUUAAAAAACGUGGAAGAGAAGGAAGAGAAAUAUCUAAGCUACCUUCGACCCAUGGACCUAUCGGGGGAACUGUCUCCACAGGAAGGUAGCAGCGAGCAGCCUUCUCAAAAUCAAAGCACGGUGACAAGCAUGCUAUUUGUAAGCUUGUUCAAAGAGGUAGAAAACAUAUAUAAGAUGCGCCUACUGGGGGAAGUGCCUUCGAAGGGCAUCGAGGCGGACAAUGUUGGCACGAGCACAUCCUCGAACGCACGCGACUGCCACCUAACCUUCCUGGCCAUGCACCUCAAAGGGAGCAAGUACCACUUUAGCUCCGUGACAGAGUAUUACAAAAUAGUGUGCAAGAAGAACGCUAACAGUAAGGCCCCUAUCGGCACGGACUCCCCAGAGUACUCGGGAAACAGGGAUGACCGAGCAGUUGGGGAAGCAGGUUGGCGCGACGCACCCCGGACAGGCACCCGUGGAUGCAGGAACAAGACGCAUAAAAAGGAGUACACAAAGGUGAGGAGAAGAAGCAUUCACAAAAUGACCCACCAUAACCGACGAACAAGACAAAGAAAAGGGAAACUCAUUGUGUUAGCAUCUAGGAGAGCUGCCUCAUACCUCUUGAAGGAGCACAUGGCGCUCUUUGUGCUAUACCGCGCAUGCCUGAGGAUGGCAUGUUACUCCGUGAAACAACUUCCUCAAAGGGUGAAAACGAGAAAAGGAAAGAAGGAAACAAGAGAGAGUUUGAAAGAGGAAGAGAAGGACAGUUAUGACUGCCUCUUUGUAUUCCCCAACAACUUCAGCAAUCAGUAUAAGGAAAUCAUUCUGUGCAGAUUAAAGGACAAGGUCAACAGGAUGUUUAAUUUUAACGAGGGAGACCUUUUUCUUGUUCUGAAAAUUCAGAUGAAUUAUGUCUUCCUUGUGAAUUACCGCAGGGGAGUCUCCUUCUGGAUCAACAUCAAACAUGUGUAUAAAAAUAUGCUCGCUGUGCGGCUUGAGCAGAGACCCGCCAAGGGAGGGGCAUCUAACGGGGGGGAAAAGAACGAGGGGGAACCCCCGCACAAAGAUAAAACCGCGCUGGUAUUCAAAAAGACCAAGGGAGAAGACAUCCUCCCCUUCUUCAUUAAAAACACAACGAUCACCCCCAUCACCUACAUGACCAGGGGCAUGAAAAAUGUAAAGCCCUUCCAGAACAAGUACAUAAUCUUCACGCAGAAAAAUCACAUCGUCCUAUUGAAAAUCGUUUUUGCAAAAAGCAAUAGAAAAUUUGCACAAAGCAAGAACGGACUGAUGGAGAAAAUCCUGCAGAAUUGUACCUACGACAAGAAGACGCUUCUGUAUCGAACGCAAGAUGGUCGAACAAUAAAUUUGUGCGACUUGUUUAAUGAGCUUCUUCGAAAUCAGUACGUAAUAAAGAAUAGGUCCAGCGGAAAGAAGGGCCUAAGCGAAGUAGAGUAUAUAGAGUUUUUAACCAAUAGUAGGGGCAGAUUGGACGGGGCAGCGACCACCACGACAAACACCCGCGGGAAUAUUCCCAACCGAGGAUCGAAUCCUGAUGGAAGAACGCAAAAUACUCUGUUGGACGUGAAUUCAACACAUGGAGAGUACCUAAACAAGCAGCAGGACCACAUGAUGAAGCAAAAGGAAGAGCAGUACAUGGACCUAUUCAAAAGUUACACUUUCGAGGAAUACUUUACCCAAGCAGAGAAGGAGUUGCUCUACUCCCUCAAGUACGAAAUCGUGGAGCAUCACAGAAAUGAAGAAAACUUUGAAAAUAUAAACGACAUGCAUGUGUAUGAAAAUAAAAUUCUCAUCGUCACAAAAAGUUAUGUUCGCUUGUAUCAAUACGACGAACAGAAAAAUGUCAUGACACUACAAUGCUCUAAUACCUUUUACAAUAUUAAUAAUGUCAUCAUGAAUGAAAAGUACAGAAGGGCAUUAGUCCUACGAGGCAUUUUCCAAAGUGUAAAUAUCGUAUCGAAGAGAUUCCUCUCCAUUUAUUAUGUACUUGGGAAAUCUAUGUACUAUAUUGGCCAUAUAAAAUUACGAAAUAAAAUAAAAUUCAUUUUUGAAAAUAAAUUAAUGCAUAAUGUUAUGGGGAUUAAUAUGAAUGUAAAUCAAAGGGAACACAUGGUAGACAGCAUACGAACGUACCAGAAAUUUUUUUUUAAUUUUUUCCUUGUUGACUCCAAAUGUAAUUUUCUCUCCAUAUAUAGUUCUCCUUUUACAGAAGAGGACAGACAAGGGCAAAAUUACUUCUACGAUCAUAAUCGGGCUUUGCAGAUAUGUCAUGACCUCAUGUUAUUCUUGCAAAUACUUAUCAAUGGAAAGAAGAAUGGCUGCUCAUCUCCCCAUCCAAAUGAUGCAUUUUUGAACAAAAUAAAAUCUGUCCAUUCGAAAAAAAAAAUAAAAAAAAUACAGAGGAAUUAUUUUUACAAUAAUUAUUUUAUCAAAUCCAAAUACAGAAUAUUCUUAACAAUUUUCGUCAACAGAUUUUUUAUUUACAUGAAUAAAAAAAUUGUGUUUUUGGAAAAUGCCUUUUCACAAAGUUGCACAGAUGAUUUGUUGUUUGAAUUAAAGCUACGUGUUUAUAACAGAAUUUUAAAACUGAGUUCGUACGAUUUUUCUGAUAAAAAAAGUGCCAUCCAAUUGCUAAACGAAAUGUAUGACAUGAGGGCAAAUAAAAAUGCCCCUUACUUUUCUCUUCAAACGCGUCUUCAGGAUUAUGGAGAAAUUAUGAGCAGUGAACUUUACCACAUGAAGGUGUACCGUUCUGCUUCUUCUUCCUGCCUCAAUUCAAAUCAGCCUGUACAAAAUUAUCGCCCAUACGCCCAUAUAAAAAGCCACGCGCAAGAACACUCUCUCGAAAGAAACAUUGCAAAAAAAAUUGAAGAAAUGAAUAAGUACAGAUUUGAUCCAAUAACAGACUACAACGGGGUUGUAAAAAACAACAUCAGAGACAACUGCUACUACGAUGUAGAUUUUUAUCACUUCCUCGAUUGUAUCCACAAUAUGGACCAAGGUACUUUGUACAAAAAGACCCAAAUUGCAGAAUAUAAAAAACAUUUGAAAAACAGCUUUGCAGACAAUUCGCUCUUUCAAAUUUAUUUCAACUUCCUCACGUACAUGUCCAAUAACCCCAACAUGUUUCAUCACAUGAAGAAAUAUUUGCAUUUCCAUCCCUACUCUACCAAGUUGUUAAAAAACAGGACGUAUUACUUUAACAUGGAUUUGCUCAAUGUCAUUUUUACCUUUGACAACGAAGCUUUGGGUGAACUUAAAAGUGUCCUCACCUUAUUCCCUACUUCUCCCUCCCUCGAUGAGGUGUUCACUGCAGUCUCUCUGAUGCACAUGCCACUUGGCGGAUCAUAA